AUGGUCAUCUUUGCUGUCAAGAAAAAGAGACGACUGCAAACCACGUCCAACAUAGCCCUUGCAUGCCUAGCGACAACUGAUACGAUCGUCGGGAUCUUUGCCUACCCAAUUAUCAUAUCUUAUGAAAUAUUGAUUCUGCAAGGGGAAAUCUCUGGAGAAGUAUGUCAACUUCAGGAAGCAGCCAGAUAUUUAGCGAGCGUUGCCCUCUUCUCUUCGUUCGUUCACUUGGUUUUAAUGACCGCAGAACGCUACAUAGCCAUCAAACAUACCCUCACCCACCAUGGAACCAUCACCAAGACACGCGUGCUAAUUGCCUCUGUCGUAGCAUGGAUUGUCAGCGCUGUCUUACAGAUCCUUGGGAUAAUCGACCGUAAAAUUUCCAUUACUGUUAACAAUGUGUUCAUAGUUGCAUUUCUGGCGUACAUCAUUUUCUGCAACGUAAUGGUUUACCGUGAGACUCGUCGACAUGAAAGACAAAUUGCAGACCAACAAGUUUCAGUGGAGGCCAGGCAAAAUUUUUUAAAGGACAAAAAAGCCUUUAAAGUUACAAGGACUGUUGUUGUAAUAGUAAUUUUCGGUUAUUUGCCUUUCAUGACUUUUACAGUUUUCAGUAACACUAUAGAAGUAGCAAUCUCGACAAAAGUACGAUAUAUAAUUUUUAACUCAGCAAUAUUUUUAGCUCUCGUCAACUCUUUACUUAAUCCACUCGUUUAUUCAGUCAGGUUACGACAAUUUCGUGUUGCUCUCAUUGAAAUACUUCUGAACAAAAGCCAGGCUGAAGCCGAAAAGUUUGACGAUAGAAGAUUUGGGUCAGUUAUCGAACAAAUAGGAAAGAGAAAUAAAGAUGUCAACCGCGUGGUGAAUGCCGCUGACAUCGAACUAGGAACAAACCAGGCAGGGAGACAAGUGAGGACCAAUUGA